ACGUCCAUUUAUAACUAGACCAUUCCGAAGAAAAGUUUUCCAAUCGUUGCAUGGUCUUUCACACCCUGGGAUCAAAGCAACUGCAAAACUAAUAAUGCAACGUUUCGUUUGGCCAGGAGUUCAACGCGAUUGCCGCAAAUGAGCGCAAGCCUGUCUUCAAUGCCAAAAAGCAAAAAUUACCAGGCAUAAUAAAGCACCAAUCGGAAAUUUCCAAGUUCCUUCAAGACGUUUCGAACACAUGCACGUCGAUAUCAUUGGACCUAUGCCAUCCUCCAAAGGACAUCGAUACUGCCUUACAAUAAUAGACAGAUUUACAAGAUGGCCUGAAGCGAUACCACUUCCAGACAUUUCAGCAAACACUAUAGCAACAGUCAUUUUUUCAAACUGGAUGGCAAGAUUUGGCAUACCGUUACGCAUAACUACUGACCAAGGCCGACAGUUUGAAGCAGAAUUAUUCAAACGUUUGAUGCAAAUAACCGGCUCCACGCAUCUUAGGACCACAGCAUACCACCCAGCAGCAAACGGUUUAGUAGAACGUUUCCAUAGACAACUAAAAACAGCUUUUAAAUGUCAUCAAACAGAAAAUUGGGUUGAAAUUUUGCCUGUAAUAUUAAUGGGAAUUAGAGCAGCAUGGAAAGAGGAUCUGCAAGCAACAACAGCAGAAAUGGUUUAUGGAGAGCCAAUCAAAUUGCCAGGCCAAUUCUUACAAAAAAAUAUUCCUGAAGUUCUUGAAGAAAACCAAGGGGAAGUUUUGGAAGAACUUAGGAAAAACAUACAAAAAUUAAAACCUCAAGAGAUCAAAAGACACGGAGGAACAACUACCUUCAUUUUCAAAGAUAUGAGAACAACAACACAUGUUUUUGUGCGUAACGAGACACUUGGGGGAGGCCUUCGAUCUCCGUAUGAAGGGCCUUAUAGAGUACUAAAAAGAAACGAAAAAGUUAUCACUAUCAACAAGAAUGGCAAGAAUAUCAAUGUGUCCAUAGAUAGAGUUAAACCAGCUUACAUCCUUGAAGAAGAUGAUAUCUUAACAAAUCAACAGAAAAUAACGGAUAAACCGCAACCAGAAAAACUUCGGACGCGCAGCGGUCGGACUUCCAAACCACCGGUCCGUUUUCAAAUCCCUAACUAAUAUACAGCGGAGGGGGUCGUGUGGCGUCCCUGACGCUCGCCACAUCGAGCGCGAUCUCAGGAAGCGCUGACCUGACGCUCGCCACAUCGAGCACGUUCUCGGGAAGCGCUGACUAGAAUCAUGAAGUUGGCGCAACAUCAGUUUUAAUUAAUGCCGCUGAAAGGCGCGGCAGAUUAAGAUAAUUUUCUCGCUAUCGGAAAACAUUGAAAAGUGUAUAUAAGAAGAUGCGGUCAACGACUUAUCAAUCACUUGUAACCUCGCAACAAAUAGCUUAUAGCUAUUCAGCGAAUUCUCUUUUGACCCUUGUGAUUAUUCUCUCCUCCGA